AGUAACCGUUGGGUUCACCGGCAGACCGGCCUGGUUGGCUUAGCGGGCGUUAGUGAGGUUUGUGGCUUCAUAAUGGCUGAUCAGGCGGAGCUGACAAGUCUGGACAGUCUGCUAUUGCAGUUAGCUCUCGAUACUCGAGAAUUAAGCCAGAGGAAGGACAAUUUGAAAAGGCAAAUUGAAAUAUGUAAAUCCAAUAUACAAGAAAAGAAGAGCUACAUAGAUGAAGCUCAGAAGAGUCUAAAGAAACUAGAGGAAGAAAUUCUGCAAAAACGCAACACUGUGAAGUGUUACAAAGAAAAUGUGAAGAGUCUUCGAGGAACAAGUGAACUUCUGCUUCAGUAUGAAAAGACACUGGAAUCUGAGCUAGAAAGGAGGACGGACAGCUGUAAUCAGGACAUGAAGGUGUUCCAGGAGAGAAUCGAAAACUACAAGGCAGUAUUUCAACAGUGUAAAGAAGAAUACUGUAAAAAUCCUCUGGCUAAAAAGCUCCUAAGCUUUCAGGCAGAGAAUGAAGAAAUUGAGAAAAGAAUUCGAGCCAAAGAAGAGCAAAUAACUGCAAUUGAGAAAGAGCUGAAAGAUCUACAAGGGGGCCAGGACACAUGUGACAGUAGUAAAACACCUAUAGAGUCAGAAGAACAAGAAGCACUUCCAUCUGAGAGUAGCUUUCAACCUGAGGCCGAUACAGCCUCACACAGAGACCUCCGACCACAGGGCACAGAAACAGAGCAAGAUGAUGCUCAAAUUGAGAUGGAAGAGAAGGCUACGGAGAACAAUCACGACCAAGCAGAUGGCUGUGAUGAGUCAAAUGCGUCUCAAGUGGGCGCAAUUGGCAGCAUUGUUUGGACAAAGCAUGAGAUGAGAUGUGUGGCAGAACAGAAACAGGAAGAGCAAACAUCCGACAUGCAGGAUUGCAAUAUGAACACCUCCACUGGGUCUGAUGUGAUGGAGGAAAUGUUGAAGGUGAUGGAGGUUGAGGACCAGCAGGAGACUGAAAGAGCUGCUAGAGAGGAAGGCGCUAAUGAGGGGACAGCCCCAUCAUCCCCCACCAGACUGACUAAAGUGCUGAGCACUCCAACGUUCUCCCUAAAUAGCAGCCCCAGUACUUCACCUGGUCACAAGGAGAGUUCAGAAGCACCAACCUUCGUUUUCUCUUUGAAUGCUGGUCCCAGCACACCUGGGUUCUCUGGAUUUGGCUGUGGCUUUGAUGUGGGGUCGAGUCAAAAUGAGGAGUCACCUUUUACAUUUACAAGCCCUUACUUUACAAACAAGAGGUCCCCAGAAACAAAGCUGCCAGGCUUUCUGUUUGAUGAGUUAGAGAAUCAUCCAGAGGAGGUGUUUCCAUUUUCUUUCAGUUCUAAGAGCCCUCAGCCCAGCUCCUCCACCCAAGAGCCAGGAGAGACUGGAGACACCUUCCCUUUCUCCUUCAACUUUGGCAAGUUUUAAAUCUGCUGUAAGCAGAUUGUGCUUCACUAAUGGAUGUCAGAUUCUGGAAAGAUUAAAUGUUCAAAUUAAAUGUUACAGUUUAAUACUAUAGAAAUAGCAUUUCUUGAAGUGAUGCUGCUUUAUUUGAUUUUAGACACUGUUCAACAUGAGUUUGGCUUUGUUAGUGAUUAUUUUGUUUGAAGCUGUGUAAAUGCCAAUAUAUAGUUAUACCUGAAGAGUCUGCAUGGCAGUUACAGUUUCUGCCAUGACAAGAAAAAUGUUAGAAAAAUGCCUUUCAAAAUAUUUUUAGAGUGAAGCUUAAGUUAAUGUUUGUUUACCUUCCUCUAAUAUUGUUAUAAAUAAAUUUUGAACUUGUCAAGGAUAUAAAAAUAAGCCAUCAACGACGAUAUGUGUUUCCUUUAAUGAAAUUCAUCUUAGCUUAAUAAUAGUCAGUUCACAUUCAAGUUUCUCAAUUUUUCGAUACUUUAUACAGAGGAGUGUUGCAG